UCCCAAACAAGGAAAUGGUGGGGGAAUAAAAGGAGCAGAUGAUUUAAUUAAUGCAUGUAAUAAUUAAUAUUUUAUUUUAUUGUAAAUUAAGACGUAUUUAUGGGUUGGAAUGGAUUACGACUUCAAAACAAAGCUGGCGGCCGAGAGAGAGAGAGUAGAAGAUCUGUUCGAAUAUGAAGGUUGCAAAGUGGGUCGAGGCACCUACGGGCACGUUUAUAAAGCUAGGCGCAAAGACGGGAAAGACGAGAAGGAGUACGCACUGAAACAAAUAGAAGGCACCGGAAUAUCAAUGUCUGCCUGCAGAGAGAUCGCUCUGUUACGAGAACUGAAGCACCCGAACGUCAUUGCCCUGCAGAAAGUGUUUCUGUCCCACAGCGACAGGAAGGUGUGGCUCCUGUUCGACUACGCCGAGCAUGACCUGUGGACUUUUGAAAUAUUUCCUCUGCACCAUGUUGGCCCCACAGUACCAGCCAGUGUCCAGCAUCAACCUCACAUCAUCAAGUUCCACCGUGCCUCCAAGGCCAACAAGAAGCCCAUGCAGCUGCCUCGAGGGAUGGUGAAGUCUCUCCUGUAUCAGAUCCUGGACGGGAUCCAUUACCUCCACGCCAACUGGGUUCUCCACAGGGAUCUGAAACCAGCCAACAUCCUGGUGAUGGGUGAAGGUCCUGAGCGAGGCCGGGUGAAGAUCGCUGACAUGGGUUUCGCCAGACUUUUCAACUCCCCCCUCAAGCCUCUUGCGGACCUGGACCCCGUAGUGGUGACGUUCUGGUACAGGGCCCCUGAGCUGCUGCUGGGGGCCCGGCACUACACCAAAGCUAUUGAUAUUUGGGCCAUUGGUUGCAUCUUUGCAGAGUUGCUGACGUCUGAGCCCAUCUUCCACUGUCGCCAAGAAGACAUCAAGACCAGUAACCCCUUCCAUCACGACCAGCUGGACCGGAUAUUCAGCGUCAUGGGUUUCCCUGCAGAUAAAGACUGGGAGGACAUCAGGAAGAUGCCCGAGUACCCGACCCUGCAGAAGGACUUCAGGAGGACGACGUACGCUAACAGCAGCCUGAUCAAAUACAUGGAGAAGCACAAAGUCAAACCAGACAGCAAAGUGUUCCUAUUGCUCCAGAAACUGCUUACCAUGGACCCUACCAAAAGAAUCACAUCGGAGCAGGCGCUGCAGGACCCGUACUUCGUGGAGGAUCCCUUACCGACCACAGAUGUGUUUGCUGGGUGUCAGAUCCCCUACCCGAAGAGAGAGUUCCUGAACGAAGAUGAGCCGGAGGAGAAAACAGAGAAGCAGAACCAGACCCAGCAGCACCAGCAGACCACAGUCCAGGCUCAGGCCCAGAACCAGCAGCAGACGGCAGCCCAGCAGGCCCCCUCCCAGCAGAGCUCCGCCCAAACCAACGGCACCACCGGAGCAGCAGGGGGUGCCGCAAACACUGGUCUACAACACGGCCAGGACCAGGGGCCCCCAAACAAGAAGCCUCGGAUCGGGCCCUCGGGGGCCUCCUCAGGCACGGGGGUGCUACAAUCAGAUUACCAGCACUCUGGGGCCCGCCUCGGUUACCAAAGCAACAUCCAAGGUUCCACUCAGCCCCAGAGCACCAUGGGAUACUCGUCAUCAUCCCAGCAGAGCUCCCAGUACUCCCAUCAGACCCACCGUUACUGAGGUUCCCAUCAGUCCUCCCCCAGCAGAGGAGCCGGCUCCUUCCUCCUCAGCCUCCCCAUCCCCCACCGACUAUCAUCCCAGGCAUUCUCCUCCUCCUCACCCGCCCCUCAGAUGAGACCUCGUCCCUGACGGCCUUCACCAGCACAGGAGCCUGAAGGCACACAGACACAGGAACCAGUACCACCUGGAGAGGAGGCGGGGCUGCUGGAUGGCGGGCGGUGAAGGCGUCACUCGCUCAGCUCUGAUCAUUAGACAGCUUCUCUCUGCUUUGGUGUCACAGGUCACCCUGAUACUUGAUGUCAUUGUAAAUAUCGUUGGACCUGGAAGAGACCAGGAGACAUGAGAGCCCUUUACAGUCCGCUGUAGUGUCACAUGACCUCUGAUGACAUCACAUGACCUUUAGAUGAGCGGGGGAGAUCUCGAAGCUGACCCUCUCUCAUGUUUCUGCAGAAUCAUCGGCUGCUCGGCUGGUGCAGGGGGAGUGUUCCCCGUGUGUGUGUGUGUCUGUGUGUGUGUGUGUGUGUGUCCUCUGGUGGGGUGUGUGUGUUCGGACAGUGAGACAGUGUUUCACAGCUCCACCCACUCCACCUCCGUCAGAGACCACUCAUGAAGGCGGCGUUUUGUGGCGAGCCGACCUUCCAGACUUUAAGGUUUCUGAACUGGAGCGUGUGCGUCCACGUCCAGGGCAGCUAACAGGACGGCCCUGUAUAUGCCUCUUCAGACUGUUACUGCCUGAUGUCAGAGUGUUUUAUAAGAUUUAAUGUUAUAUUGCUGCCCUAUGAGUGUGUGUGAGUGAGUGUGAGUGUGAGUAUGUUUGUGUGAGUGUGUGUGAGUGACUGAGUGUAUGUACAGGAUGUUUUUUAUGCACGUUGUUUAUCUUUUUACUGACUAACUGCACUGACCGCUGAACAAAUGUGUGGUGACUUGUUUAAACUUGUCCUCUUCCACUGCGGCCCGCUGACCAAUCACAGAGCGUCAUUCUGCACACACUGAGACACGAUUGGAGACAGCUGGUGUGUUCUUUAACACACGUUACACACAGACAUGAAAGCAUUCAGUAAGCUCAGUAUGAAUCUCUAAGGCUCCUCUCUUCUGUUGUGAGCUGAUCACAGGUCCAGGAUCUGUGUGCACCAUGAUCACAGGUCCAGGAUCUGUGUGCACCAUGAUCACAGGUCCAUGAUCUGUGUGCACCAUGAUCACAGGUCCAAGAUCUGUUUGCACCAUGAUCACAGGUCCAGGAUCUGUGUGCACUGUGAUCACAGGUCCAUGAUCUGUGUGCACCAUGAUCACAGGUCCAUGAUCUGUUUGCACCGUGAUCACAGGUCCAUGAUCUGUGUGCACCUUGAUCACAGGUCCAUGAUCUGUGUGCACCGUGAUCACAGGUCCAGGAUCUGUGUGCACCGUGAUCACAGGUCCAGGAUCUGUGUGCACCGUGAUCACAGGUCCAUGAUCUGUGUGCACCGUGAUCACAGGUCCAAGAUCUGUUUGCACCGUGAUCACAGGUCCAGGAUCUGUGUGCACCGUGAUCACAGGUCCAUGAUCUGUGUGCACCGUGAUCACAGGUCCAUGAUCUGUGUGCACCGUGAUCACAGGUCCAUAAUCUGUGUGCACCGUGAUCACAGGUCCAGGAUCUGUGUGCACCAUGAUCACAGGUCCAGGAUCUGUGCACCAUGAUCACAGGUCUAGGAUUUGUGUGCACCAUGAUCACAGGUCCAGGAUCUGUGCACCAUGAUCACAGGUCCAGGAUCUGUGCACCACGAUCACAGGUCCAUGAUCUGUGUGCACCGUGAUCACAGGUCCAGGAUCUGUGCACCAUGAUCCCAGGUCCAGGAUUUGUGUGCACCAUGAUCACAGGUACGAAUCUGUGUACCAUGAUCACAGGUCCAGGAUCUGUGUGCACCAUGAUCACAGGUCCAGGAUUUGUGUGCACCAUGAUCACAGGUACGAAUCUGUGCACCAUGAUCACAGAUCCAUGAUCUGUGCACCAUGAUCACAGAUCCAGGAUCUGUGCACCAUGAUCCCUGACCUGUGUGAGGGUCGCUCACAGAGAGGAGAGUCUGCUGACUCUGCUCAGAGUCAGAGGUGUGUAACCUGGGGCUCAGAGCGGUGCUGGACUCCUCUGGGUCCUGUCAGAGCUCCUCACCGCAGCCAAGAGUCCACUAUUGAACCCUCCCUGACGAACACAUUUCACAUUAGCCUUUAUGUUGCUCCGUCCUCAUUGGUCCAGCCCGGUCACAUGACCAGCCAUGGUGCAGGUUGUAUUAAAGGACGCGUACCCACUGACCUGACUGUAAGUGGACUGUGUUGGCUCUGCCUCAGAGUGAAGGGGGGAAGGAGCCUAGUCCGGCCUGCAGUGGCGUUAUGAAACACUGACACCUUGUGGCUGAGGGGGGAACUGGGCUGCAGCUCUUUACAACAUUGGACAUGCUGGAGCUGGAGGCCACUCAGCCGAUGGUUGAGGUUUUUAUAUGACAUGUAUGGGGUCCAGGUUCUCAGAUAUGUGCUUGCCUGCUCUGCUCUUUGUUUGUGCUUUAUGUAGGGACUCUGCAGGAUCUCCUCAGGGUGCCACGGCUCUCUCUUUCUCUCUCUCUCUCUCUCUCUCUCUCUCUCUCUCUCUCUCUCUCUCUGCCUGCCGGGUUUCAUUGGAUGGUAGUGGUUUUGCGUCUGGUCUGUCCGUGUUAUUCCAGCUCUGCUCAGAGGGAUCUGGAGCAACAUUUCAAAAUAUCUGAGACGUAUUAAAGGGACAGAUGUGUUCUUAUGA